AUGCCCGAUAAGGACCAAGCAAAGAGGCAUGUCCUCAUGAUAGACAACUACGACUCCUUCACUUGGAACUUGUACCAGUACUUGCACCAGUCCCCGCGAUGCGGCAAAGUCGACGUGUACAGAAACGACAAGAUUGAUAUUGCGACCAUUGAAAACGAAAUCAAACCAGACAUAAUAUUCAUCUCGCCCGGACCGGGUCACCCCGUGACGGACUCCGGUGUAUCCAGCGAGAUCAUCCGUCAUUUCGCUGGGAAAUUGCCCAUAUUCGGCGUGUGCAUGGGACAAGAGUGCAUAUUCCAUGUCUUUGGCGGCGAUGUUUCGUAUGCUGGAGAAAUCGUGCACGGCAAGACAACCACUAUAAAGCACGACGGGAAGGGUAUGUUUGAAGAUGUUCCGCAAUCAGUAGCGGUGACGCGGUAUCACUCGCUUGCUGGAAGCGAGAAGACGUUGCCUGACUGUUUGCAAGUCACUGCGGUGACUGAAACUCAGCCCAAUGUGAUUAUGGGCGUGAGACAUAAGCAAUAUACAAUUGAGGGCGUCCAGUUCCACCCGGAGUCGAUAUUGACGGAAUCGGGCCAGUUGAUGAUUGAUAAUGUCUUGGGCGUCUAUGGCGGCACCUGGGAAGAAGACGCUGCUUUCAAAUCUGCAAGCAACGCCAAGAAUGGAGCUCUGCCUUUUGCAAAGAAUGAAAAUAUACUUCAAGUGAUUUACAAAAAGAGGCAAGAAGAUUACAAGGUGAUUGAGAAUUUGCCAGGCCGCUCUUUCGCCAAUUUGCAAACGGCGUUAUCGCUUGGCGUUGCUCCACCGUGCAUCAAUUUCUACCAACGGUUAGUCUACACUCGUGACGAGUUGAAACAAACGGCGAUAUUGGCCGAGUUUAAAAGAGCUAGUCCUUCGAAAGGUGACAUUAACAUCGAGGCUCACGCUGGUGCUCAGGCAUUGACAUAUGCGCUCAAUGGCUGCUCGACCAUUUCAAUCUUGACUGAACCCAACUGGUUCAAAGGUUCAUUAGAGGAUCUCUCCUUGAUUCGUCAAGUCAUCGAUGGCCCCAAGACAAAAAACAUUGAGCACGCCGAUUACAAAAGACCCGCAGUGUUGAGAAAGGAGUUUAUAUUCAAUAAGUAUCAGAUACUAGAGGCGCGCUUAGCUGGCGCCGACACUGUGCUUCUCAUUGUCAAGAUGUUGCACGAUCAAGCCUUGUUGCAACAACUAUACUCCUACUCGCUCGAGUUGGGAAUGGUACCAUUGGUCGAAGUCAAUGACGACGCCGAAUUGACCCAGGCUUUGAAGUUGACUUACCAUGGCGAAACUAAAGAACCAUUGAUUAUCGGGGUGAAUAAUCGUAACUUGACCAACUUUGACGUUGACUUGCAAACGACGAGUCUGUUGGUUGAUCAUGCCAAAGGCACGAAUAACGGACGAGACGGCGAUGUCUUGAUACUAGCCUUGUCGGGAAUCACCUCGGUUGAAGAUGUGAAAAAAUACAAGUAUGAAGAUCACGUUGACGGGUUUUUGAUUGGCGAAAGUUUAAUGAGAGCUGAAGCGCAGGGCAAAGCUGGUGAGUUCCUAGAUCAACUCUGCAAUUGCUAG